AUAGCGCUCAAAGUAUUUCUUCCUUCCUUAUUAACCCCCACGCGGCCACAAUUCGUUCAAAAACCGCAAACCAAAUUUCGCCAAAAACAUUUCUUUUGUCGACGCUUCCUUCCCAUCUCGGAGCCAUGGAUGCCGUAGAUUCAGUCGUUGAUCCUCUCAGAGAGUUCGCCAAGGACAGCGUUCGCCUCGUUAAGAGAUGUCACAAACCGGAUCGCAAGGAAUUCACCAAGGUUGCCGUUCGUACCGCUAUUGGCUUCGUUGUGAUGGGAUUUGUAGGGUUCUUUGUCAAGCUAAUCUUCAUUCCGAUCAACAAUAUCAUUGUCGGAUCUGGUUAGUUUAGGUCAUGAUGAAGUACGUAGGUGAUGGCGGCUGGCGUUUACGUUUAGUGCAACCUGUUUUCCUUGAGGAAUACUGAGCAUUUAGGUCUCCUUUAGAACUUUUAAACCCGUGUGCGUAAAUUGAGUAAACCCCAGGAUAUAUGGAAUUUUCCUGUCAUAUUGAUGAACUCACUUUCUAUUUAAAUUUCAAUGUUAUAACAUGUUCUUUUAAUCAAA